AAUAUUUUUAUUUUUUUGGUUCUCCAAAGUUUUUCUUUUCUCCAGUGCAAGUGCCAUUAACAUCUCCGUAAAUUCGAAGCAACCAACGGAAACAGAGAGAAAAGCUCCACAAACAACGUUUAUCGGGCCUCUCUAAUCAUUGUUUUUUCUUCUAAUCGAAAAUUUUCUCUGUUUUUUCUUCGUUUUUCUUAGAAAAAUUGUUUCUUUUCAAAAACAAAUCAGAGAAAAGCCACUUUGUGUUUUCGAUUUUACAUUAUUGUGUUUAUUCUUUAGCUGUAAGUGUGUCUGAAUAAUAAUUCAUUGCCUUUCUCUUCUCUUCCUUUCUAAAUCUCUCUCUCUCUCUCCUUCCUCUCUCUUUCUCUCACUAAACGGAAGCAGCCAUGGGCGACGAACACUCUCUCAGCCCCAAGGAUAGUUUUGUCUUCAAGCUCCCUAAAAAAUCUCCACUUGUGUUGAGGAUGGUCGUCCUCUCCUUUGUGAUGGUCUGUGCUGUCUACAUUUGCUCAAUCUGUCUUAAGCAAAUCGGCGUCGUUCCCAGUGCUGGUUUCUUGAACGUUGAAGUGUUUGAGAGGCCUUGUCCUGAGCCUAACAUCGAACCAUGGGACAUUCCAUAUGUUCAUUAUCCUAAACCCAAGACAUAUAGCAGGGAGGAGUGUUCUUGCAAUCCGGUUAGGUAUUUUGCGAUUCUCUCCAUGCAGAGAUCUGGUAGCGGCUGGUUUGAGACUUUACUAAACAACCAUACUAACAUAAGCUCCAACGGGGAGAUCUUUUCGGUUAAAGAUAGGAGGGCUAAUGUGUCGACCAUUUUCGAGACCUUGGACAAAGUAUAUAAUCUAGAUUGGUUGACUAGUGCUUCUAAGAAUGAGUGUACUUCUGCCGUUGGCUUGAAGUGGAUGCUUAAUCAGGGUCUAAUGAAACACCAUGAAGAGAUAGUAGAAUACUUUAAAACCAGAGGCGUCUCAGCUAUAUUCCUCUUUAGGAGGAACCUCUUGCGCCGGAUGAUUUCAGUUCUGGCAAACUCUUACGAUAGGGAUGCUAAGCUAUUGAACGGUACUCACAAGUCCCACACUCAUUCCCCUAAAGAGGCUGAGAUAUUGGCGCGCUACAAACCAGUAAUCAACACAACCCUUUUAAUAGGUGAUCUGAAGAAGGUUCAAGAGAUGACUACAAACGCACUUUCUUACUUCAAUACCACCCGCCAUAUCUUCCUCUAUUACGAAGAUGUUGUCAAGAAUCGAACCAGACUAGACGAUGUGCAAGAGUUUCUAAAGGUUCCUAAACUCAAUUUAAAGAGUCGACAAGUAAAGAUUCAUCACGGUCCUUUGUCACAGCACGUGCAGAAUUGGAACGAGGUUCAGACGACACUGAAAGGGACAGAUUAUGAGAACUUUCUACUUGAAGAUUACCGUAAGUGAAUGAAUUAAAGACUUAGGAGAGAGUGAUGUACAUAAAUCUCUCUCAGAGAAUCAUCAACUUGUAGGAAAGUUUUGCUAGUGCCACGAACAGGUUUUGCAAAAUCUUUUUAUCUUUUAGUUUUCUGUCUUAAUCAAGUUGAUAGAUUUUAUAUUUUAUUCAUUCUUUUAUCAGGAACUAAGAGUGUUCUAUUUUAAUCGGAAAAGACUGAUCUGGUUCAUCCUCUGAAUUUGCUUAU